CGAUUGUUAAAUAUGAAAUUAUCUUUCUUAUCAUUUUGUAUACAAAUUACCUUUUCGUAUCAAUUGUCUUUGCCUAAAAGUUACUUUGGCUGUCCAACAGAAAACGACUGGGAUAUAGUUUCUAUUAAAAAUUCUAAUACUGGAAAUUUUCUGCAAUUCUGCAGCUUAAAAGAGAAUGCUCACUUCUCUCCUCCUGCAAAUAACUAUUGUAGUCUUCAGAAAAUUUGUCUAUCGAGCAUUCAGCAAGAUAAUAUUACUAUAACUGAAUACGAGGUAUUCGGAAACAUUACUUUUGGAAGUAUACAUAAGAAGACCCUUACCUUACAUCUAUGCUGUCUGACGAAUUCACAACCGAAAGUUUCAGAGGAAUAUAUAGUGUUUUCAUCAUUAAUUAGAGAAGACGAACAGUGUGAAGUAAUAAAUAGAUAUGAAUUUGUAGACGAAGUAUCUAUUCAAGAUGUUCUCAAUACAAAUAGCAACUACAAGAUAUGCCACUAUAAAUUUAUAGCAACACCGAAAGAAUGCCAAUACGCUUUCGACAAUGGUCUUAGUUAUAGAGGUCUUCAAAAUGUCACUUUAAAGAGAAAGACAAAAUGUAACGCUUGGGAGGGUUCCUCCGCAAAUAACUUCUUUCCACAAACAAGCGGUUCAAUCGUUGGAACAAAUUACUGCAGAUUAGUUUAUCCUGACUUUCCCGAAGUUUAUUGCCAUCAGGACGUACAUCUUUUUCGAAUUACCGAUCCGGACGGAAGCUAUUGGAAUGCCGAAAUAUGCAGUAUUCCAAAAUGCGAGGAGUUAAACCUGCCAAACAUAGCAUUCCAUAAAGGAGUUUAUGCUUCUCAAGCGGGUGAAAAUUUUAUAGUACCGGAAGUAUUAGUGGACGGUAAGAAAGAGACAUGUCUUCAUCUACCCAAAUCCAUUAAACCGUGGAUUCAAAUUGAUUUUGGUAAAGAGCAGGAAGUUUUCGCUUUACGACUUGAUAAAACAUUAAUUUCGUCAAUAAUUAUGAACAAUAUAAAUAUUUAUGUUUCUUUGGGACCAAACGAUUUUCAAAAUGGUCUUGCUUCGAUUUGUGUACAUAAUUUUUCAACUGGUCAUUUCCUUAGAUAUAGAUUAGAAUGUGUAAAACCAGUUAAAGGUCGUUAUUUAACUCUACAGGUUGGUGUAAGUAAGGAAAAAACUCAACCAUCUCCUUCCGUCUUAGCUUUUUGUGAAGUUGAAGUACUCGGAAAUGAAACGGGAUGUGGUCAGGACUUGGGAUUCGCUAGUGGACAAUUAACCAAAGGACAAAUUACAGCAUCUUCCGAAAAGGACGAUAUGAAUAGACACUAUGGACGUUUAAACCAUGAAAAGGCUUGGUGCGCUUUAACAACUGAUAAAGAUGCAUUUUUUUCAGUUGAUCUUCUCUACGAAACGAAAAUUCAGGGAAUAACUGUCCAACCAUUAACUCAAUUCGGAAAAGUCUUUUAUGUGUCUAAAUUUCAAAUAUUUUACAGUAGCAAUGAUAUCAAAUGGAAAUCAAUAGAUGUAUUUGAAAAUUAUAUUAAAAAUUUUACAGUUAAAUUUGAUAGGUUACAAUCGAAAUUUUUCUAUUUCAACAGCCCUUUAUGGGCUCGUUAUGUGAAACUGGUCGUUAAAGAUUAUAAUAUUGAACCUUGCCUAAAAAUUGAGCUUGUUGGUUGUCCAACUACUAGGAAUAAAGAUAUUAUUGUUUACUCAUUUCCACAAAGCGAAUAUUCACAAAUUAAUACUACAUCUGGAAAGAAUUGCUACUUUCCAUUCAUUUAUAAAGGAAUUAAAAGAGAUAAAUGUAUUAGAGAAAAAGAUGAAGGACUAUGGUGCUCUCUUACUGAAGAUUUCGAUAGAGAUAGAUUAAAGUCUGAAUGUUUAAUAAGAACAUAUGGAGGGAGCGGAAACGGAGGAAUUUGCCAGUUUCCUUUCGAUUCCUGGGGUAUAUUUGAAAAUAGGGAAUGUAUGAACUUUCAUAAACUGCACCCUUGGUGCGAGACGAAAGAUAAGAAAUGGGGAUAUUGUAUACCAUUUACCAUACCAACUCCAUCAAUGUCUGAAAAAAGUGUUAUUACUCCUGAGAAGGCCGUUUGCUCGGAUUUAGUUAAGUAUAAUAGGAUAGAAUGUGGCUUUAAGUUGUCCAAAGACGACUGCGAAAAGUUGGAUUGUUGUUAUUUAGAUGAUGGAAAAUCACCAGCCUGCUUUCAUAAAAGGAACGAAUGCGGUGGAAAGAUCAAUUUCCCAACAAAAAUAGCAUCUCCAAACUAUCCUUUCUAUUACGGGGAAAAUUUAGAGUGUACAUGGCUUGUAGAGGCUCCAAUAGGUUCAUUUAUAAAUAUCAAAUUAGAAGCUUUAGACCUUCCUAAGAGCGAGGGCAUAUAUCAACAAGAAACAUUAACUCUAAGAACGGGAGAAUGCCAAGAUAAAGUAACUCUUUACGAGGUUACAUCCUCUGGAGAGAGGACUUUUAUAAGAAAUUUAGUCAACGGAAGUCCAGAUAUUAAGAUGAUAUCUAGCACAAAUAAAAUUGAAAUAGUCUUUGAAUCCUGUCCGCGAAAUACCAUAACAGAAAAUCAAGGGUUUUUAAUUACUGUUUUCUUUCAAGGAUGCUCUGGAUGCUUUCUUGGUCAUGAAGAGUGUUCUUCCACGACUUGUAGAGAUUCUUGCGGCGAAAUUGCUUCUCUAAACUUUCCUGCAAGUUAUCCAUAUAAUGAACAAUGUAGAUGGGAAAUUCUAGUCACGCCAGACAAUUUUAUUGAAAUCGAAUUCCUUUACUUCGAUAUUGUUAGUCAAAAUCGAUUUUGUUUGGAAGAUUAUAUAUCGGUUACCGAUGUUGAUAUUAGCGGUAAUUUAGUUGAAGUAGGAAGAUUUUGUAACAGAUAUCAACCAAGAGGAAGGAUUCGUUCAAGUUGGAAUAGGCUAAUCAUAACUUUUACUACUGAUGGAAAUGAACAAGGAAACGGAUUUCACGCAACGUAUACUGAACUAUCUUACGACGGUGGAUCAAAGAAUUUUAACGAAACUGAAAAAUGUGAGAAACCUCACUGGAUUAUGCACAAUGGAAUUUGUUACUGGCAUGUGGAAAAAAAUGAUGGUAUAACUUGGAGAGAUGCUGAUGAAGAAUGUCAAGUUGAUGGAGGACGUUUAGUUAGAUUACUAUCCGAAGAUCAAGUAAAGUUUAUUCAUACAAAAUUGAUAAACGAUUGGGAUUCAGAUAGUAAAGAUGUUCACAUUGGUUUAUCUGAUAUAGACGAAGAAGGGACAUUUCGAUGGAUUGAUAACUCAUUUCCAUAUUACACGCAAUGGGAUACCGAUACGACUCCAAAUCAGCCAGAUGGUGCAGAGACAGAAAAUUGCGCUGUAAUCAAAUUAAAAAGUCAAUUUGCUCUAAACGAUUGGCACGAUAUUGCUUGUUCAUCAGAUAAGGUUCAAAGAUUUGUAUGCGAAAAGCAAAAAACAUUUGUUAGCACAGUUGAUACUCAAAAUAUCUUAAAAACUAGUAAUCAAUGCGAUAGAAGUUUAUUCCCAUGCAGGAAUGGUCAAUGUAUUCCAAAACAUUUUAGAUGCGAUGGAAAGAUACAAUGCAUUGACGGCUAUGACGAAGAAGAUUGUCCAACAGCUUGCGACGGAUUUCGUUGCGAUAAUGGAGAGUGUAUAUCUUCUUCGUACUUUUGUAAUUUUGUUGAAGAUUGUAUUGAUAGAUCGGAUGAAAGAAAUUGCGUUUAUCCAGAAUGUUCUGAGCAUGAGUUUCAGUGUGCAGAUAAAAAAUGUAUAUCGGAAGAAAAAGCUUGUGAUCUGAUACCAGAUUGUUCAGAUGGAAGUGAUGAAAUCCAUUGCGCUGAAAAGUGCAACAAAACAAAAAAUUUCGAAUGUUUUUCUUCAAAAUGUCUACCUAUGAGAAAAUUCUGCGAUGGAUUUGUUGACUGCCCUGGUCUGGAGAAUGAAGAUGAAGGUGAUCUUUGUCUUCAGCAGCAAGGUCGUACUUGUAGAUCGUGGCGGUUAAACGGUUAUGAAAAUAAUGGACAUUAUAAAAUUAAUCCGGAUUUGACAGUUCCAUUCGAUGUCGAAUGCGAUAUGGAGUCUAACGAUGAUGUUGUCGUUAAUAUUAUUCAUUUAAAUGACGAAAAGCCACACUUUAUCACCGGCUUUGAAUCUUUCGCUUCCUUCAAGCUAGAGCUUAGCUACUUGUAUGCUUCGAAGAUAGAACAAGUAACUCAAGUGGUAGAAUUAGCCGAUUAUUGCGAACAGCAUAUUGAAUACCGUUGUAAGGGAUCCAUCAUUUCGGAUGGUGGUUUUAGAAGUAGAUCUUUAGAUAAUACUCUUAUUAAUUGGGUUAUUGAGGACGAUACGAAAGACUGCCAAUGUCAUUUGGAUUAUGCUUGCAACGUUUUAAAUAGAACAAAAUGCUAUUGUCAGGAAAAUGACGCUACACUAUAUCUGGUCGAUAAGGGAUUUUUAAAGAAAAAGGAGUACUUACCGUUGGUUCAAGUUGUAUUUGGUGAUACGGGUGCAUCUGUUGAAGAAGCAUACGUUACCGUUGGACCAUUAAGAUGCUACGAAAAAUACGAUCGUAACUUGGCUAAAUAUUCAUGUAAAAGUGGGCAAGUUGUUGAACCUAAAACCAAAUGUAUUUACGAAGAAGACGAAUAUAAAAAUAUUAUAGGAUGUAGGGAUGGUUCUCAUUUACAAAAUUGCGAAUCAUUCCAAUGCCCUAGUGGAUAUAUUAAAUGUAAAUUGUCAUUUUGUAUUCCAGUAUGGGCUCUAUGCGAUGAAGUUAAACAUUGUCCAUUGGCCGACGAUGAACAAAAUUGCAAGAAUUUCACAUGUCCUGGAAUGUAUCAAUGUCCUAAUUCUAAACAGUGUAUCUAUUCAUCUCAAUUAUGCGAUGGAAAAAUGCAUUGUAAAAUGGGUGAAGAUGAAAGAAAUUGCUAUCCAACAUGUCCAAAUAAUUGCAUAUGUACAGCUUGGCAUUAUUCUUGCACUAGCGGAGUUCAAUUGGAACAGUUUGAUUACAGAAUUAGGAAAGCUAAUCUUGAAGAAGCGGAAAUAGGACCAAAAAUAACUAUUGAUCCUUACUGGCCUUUUAUAUAUGAUUUAGAUUUAUCAGGAAAUAACAUUGAACAAUUAAAUUCCACACAAUUAAGAUUUAUGAGUAAUUUAUUAUUUUUGAAUUUGGGGAACAAUAAAAUAAGCCUAUUACGAUUUCAUACUUUUAUUGGUUUGGGAAGGUUGGAAAGUUUAAAUUUAUUAGGAAAUCCUAUAGAAGAAAUUGAAAAUGGAGCCUUUAUAGGCCUUAAAAAAGUAUCAAUAUUGAAAUUAUCAUCAAUGAAAAUACGAAGUAUAUCAAUGAACGCUUUCGAAGGAUUGGAAAAUCUUAUCUAUUUGGAUAUAUCUGACAAUAGAAUAUCAUUUAUUCACAAGGAUUCAUUAUCAAAAUUAACGAAUUUAGAAUAUUUUGACUUUUCAGCAAAUUUAAAUCCCGAAAUGACAAAGAACAGUCUUGCAUUGUUGACGAAUUUGAAUAAAUUAAAGUCGGAUGACUUUAGAUAUUGCUGCUACGUUCGUGACAGAGUUGAAGAGUCUGAUUGUCAUCCACCAAAGGACGAAAUCUCUUCUUGCGAAGAUUUAAUGAGGAAUAACAUUCUAAGAGCCUUUGUAUGGUUGUUUGGAAUUAGUGCUUUUCUAGGAAAUGCUUCAGUUUUAUUAAUUAGAGUACUGAGGAGAGAUAUUAAAAAUGUCAAUGGAAUAUUGGUAUCAAAUUUGGCUUUAUCUGAUUUCCUUAUGGGUUUUUAUUUGUUGGUAAUAGCAGUCGUUGAUAAUAAAUAUAGAGGAAGUUACGUUGAGCACGAUUAUAGUUGGCGAAAUAGCAACCUUUGUGCUAUUUCUGGUUUUAUUGGAACGCUGUCGAGUGAAGCAUCAGUGUUAACCCUAUGUCUUAUAAGUAUAGAUCGUUUUAUAUGCGUUGUUUAUCCUCUAAGUACGAAAAGAAUUACUAAAAAGUUCUCCUUCCUCUUAAUUUUGGCUGCAUGGCUAUUCGGAAUUGUUCUAUCUGGCCUACCAAUGCUAUCUAUUGAGUAUUUCACCGGUAAAGGAAACGUAGGAUUCUAUAGCAGAUCUGGUGUUUGCAUAUCCCUUCAUUUGACAAAAGAGGAGACUCCUGGUUGGGAAUAUUCAGUAGCGGUUUUCGUAUUUAUGAAUUUUAUGGCAUUCCUAUUCAUUUGCGGAAUGUAUAUUUAUAUGUAUAGAACUAUUCAAAAGUCGAUAAAAUCCUCGGGUAGAAAACAACAGUCUAAUGAAAUGAAACUUGCCAGAAAGAUGACUUUGAUUGUCGCAACUGAUUUUCUUUGUUGGGUUCCAAUAGGAAUAAUGGGUUUUAUGGCCUUGGCUGGUUAUUCAACCCCUGGUCAAGUUUACGCUUGGACAGUCGUGUUCAUUUUACCGGUUAAUAGUGCGUUAAACCCCUUCCUAUAUACUAUAGGUGACUUAAAAAGUCAGGGCAUACUGAAAAAGUUAUCAGCCAGGCUUGGAUUAACUAGUAUAAAUGAAAUACCAGAGCAGUCAAUGAUUACUGAACAUUUCUUUUUGGAGAGUCAAAUUGGAAAUGUUCUAUGGAGAAAAGAUCAACUACAAAGUACGCAUAUUACAAAUUUUGAACAAUAUUCAAAAAAGAAGAAAUUGAUUAGUAUAAAAAAUCUAUUAAGAAUAUUUGAAGUUUCUGCAAAAAUAAUUAAUGACAUGCAUACAACUGGAAUGUUAUUGGGAAAAGAAAAAGUUGAUUUUAAAGAUAUUUUGUUAUCGAUUGAUUCAAAAAAAAAUAUUCAAUCAAUUAACCUACUCGUUGAACCAUGUGCUAGCGGUAAACAACCUGAUGAUAUACUGUAUUUGGGUAAAUUAGCAAAGAGCCUACUCCGAUGUAGAAUAAGUAAACCUGCAACAUAAAGACAUAUUAUCAUAUUUAUGAUCAAAUUCUAUUCUUUCCACCUGAAGAUAUAAAGUUAACGUUGUUUAAUUUUUAUCUAUAUCUGAUCCACAUCACAGUUUGUACAGUUUUCCAAACAGAUUGUUUGCUUAUUAAUAUCGUAUAUAAUUAAAUAUGUAACAAAAAAGAGAGAAAGUUAAUAUUUGUGUAUUAAUAUUGUUUUCUUCAUCAUUAUUUUGUUUAAAUAAUACAAUGUGUGUAGUUC